UCUGUUCCUUUUCGAACCAAACAAUUGGGAAAAUACAUAUUUUAUGUUCUCACAUGACCCGUAUCCCAUGGCUCUCCAUGAAUGUCCAUUGUUGUUUUCCUCAAAUUUCCUCGUUAUCCUUACCAUCGUUUCUCUGCUUCUGGUGGCGAGGAUGAAGUCUUGCUCAUCUUUCAACCUCUCAUCGUCGACCACACAGUUCGGCUCCGAUUGGUCUCCGGGAGGUGCCACUUGGUACGGCCCCCCCGACGGAUAUGGAAGCGAUGGAGGUGCGUGCGGAUAUGGGGAUGCUGUAGGGGAACCUCCAUUCUCUUCAUUGGUGUCUGCUGGAGGGCCUUCUCUCUUCAACUCAGGCAAAGGCUGUGGAACUUGUUACCAGGUUAAAUGCACGGCGAAUGCGGCUUGCUCAGGCAAUCCGGUUACUGUCGUUAUCACAGAUGACUGCCCUGGCGGCCCUUGCCUGUCCGAGUCAGUUCACUUUGAUAUGAGCGGUCAUGCUUUUGGGGCCAUGGCAAAUUCUGGGCAGGCCGAUCAACUGCGUAAUGCCGGUAUCUUGCAGAUUUUAUAUAGACGAGUGGAGUGCUUAUACCACGGGGUAACUCUGACGUUCCAUGUCGAUUCCGGGUCAAACCCAUACUACUUGGCUCUCGUGGUUGAAUACCUGGACGGGGAUGGCGACCUUGACAUGGUCGAGUUGAAACAAGCCGGCACGGACUCGUGGCUUCCAAUGCAGGAAUCGUGGGGCGCAGCCUGGAGACUCAGUUCGGGAUCUCCUCUGCAAGCUCCGUUCUCUAUCAGAGUUACGGAGGGCAAGUCAUCAAAAAGCGCAAUAGCUGAGAAUGUCAUUCCUGGCGACUGGCAACCCGGAGGAAUAUAUCGGUCUGUCAUUAACUUUAACUAAUAAUUGGUUCCGUAAACAAUUCUAUGGAAUAGUGUUGCAGAUAUCUUUAAGGUCAGUUCAUUAUCAGUGGAUCCGUAUUAUAAAAAGUUUCUAGGGAGACUUAUAUAUUGAACGAGUGUCUGCCAAAUAUAUAAUAUUUUGAUUUUCCAAAUAAUUUUAAGGUUUCAAAUUAAUCUUCCUUUCUAGCAUGGUUUUUAAUUAAUCUGAGGCGUGUUUUCGGCUC